AUGCUUUCGCUAAGGAAACUUGCUCACACGAAAAAGGCAGCUACGAUUGCUGUUUCAAAGGCCUUGCCAAUAUACAACUCUAAAAGACUCAUGCACUCGAAGGACGAUGGGAAGGCCACGGAUGCUGCUAACCAGCCGGAUGCCACGACUACGACUCUUACGGAUAAAUAUGAGUUCCAACGGUUGUUCACGAACAACAGUUCUGUGAUUGAGGGGUUCAAGGCUACCUGGGUCAAUGCGCUUGCCGAACGUAAGAAGCAACUUGCGCAGGGCAAAGUCAUCGACUCAUAUUCGUACAAUAGCGUCAAGUCUACGGAGAUUGGUGAGAAGACCAGGGCAGAUUCCUUCACAUACUUGACUUUGCCCUUCAAAGAAGAUCCCAUCGUCGCAGAUUUCUACGUCAAUGCCGGUGGUAGGGUCCGUAUGGGGCAGAUUUUCCAGGAUUUAGAUGCUCUCGCAGGGAGAAUCGCUUACAGACACACUGCGCCAGCUGAACCAGUCAUUGUAACAGCUUCCGUCGACCGUAUCUAUAUGUUGAAGCCCUUGGACCACAUCUCGGACUUCAACGUUGUGCUAUCCGGAGCCGUCGUAUGGACCGGUAGAUCCUCCAUGGAAAUCUCCAUCAAGGCCUCCGCUAUCAAGGGCAAACUACCAGAGAAGAUUACAGAAUCCUCCCUCUCCGAUGACGACACCUUCCUGACCGCGUCUUUCACUUUUGUCGCUAGAAACCCAGAGACCCACAAGUCCUUGGCCAUCAACAAACUCCUCCCAUUGAACGAAGACGAAUGGAUGGACUUUAGACGUGCGGAAUCCCACAACGCUGCCAAGAAAUUGCGCGCCAAGAACGAAAACUUGAACAUAAACCCUCCAACAGAGGAAGAAUCAAACAUCAUUCACAAGAUGUGGCAAGCCUCUAGGGAACUAAGAGUCAUGGAAGACAAACCAAAAAAUUUGAUGCUCAUGAAGGACACAAACGUCAAGUCUACCAUGUUCAUGCAACCUCAAUAUAGAAAUAGACACUCAUACAUGAUAUUCGGUGGCUACUUGAUGAGACAAACGUUCGAAUUGGCUUACUGUGCCGCUUCCUCGUUCUCCCACUCCUUGCCUCGUUUCGUAUCCCUGGAUUCCACCACGUUCCGUGCCCCAGUGCCAGUAGGAUCCAUCCUACACAUGGACGCUACUGUCGUAUACACCGAACAUCUACAUGAAAAGACCAGCCAACCAAAGGUUGCCGCUUCUGUGGUUGACGAAGAGAUCGACGGUAACACCCUGUUCCACUUCGAACCAAGACCAGUCAACACUAUCUCCACAAAUAAGAAGGAUUUCCUAUCGAAGCCAGGUACUAUCAUCCAAGUCAAGGUUAACACCGUUGUUCAAGAAUUGGCCUCGGAAAAACAAACAAAGUCUGGCUCCUUCAUCUAUUCCUUCUUUGCUCCAAGAGAUUAUGAUCCUGAAAUGCCAGGCCAACCAGGUUACGCUACCGUCAUUCCCCAAACAUACUCAGAAAUGAUCGAAUAUAUUGAAGCAAGAAGACGUGCCAUUGAAACAGCUAAUUACGCUAAAGCGGUAAAACGUGUUUCCAAAUUAUAA